AUGGACAAUCGCUGGCGACUGAAACCCAGGCCAAGCCGAAUGCAGGAGAGGCUGAGGCAGUGCCGUGCCGUGAACGAUGAAUACCUGAACCUGCUCGAUCGGUACGAAUGCCUGCGGCAGGAAGUAGAGCCCAGAUUCCGACCAGAUGAGCUGCAGCCGGUAAUCGAUGACCGGGCGCAACUUGCAGAGAUGGCCAUACUCAAGGUCAGGAUGGCCGAAAAGAACAAGGAGAUUGCCCGCCUGGAGCGAGAGGUGACCAUCGAGGAGCUCAAAAUAUGGCCGCAUUCCAGAGAGUUCCUCGAACGAAGGAUGAGGCUUGUGAGCGGCCGCUUCCUGGCUGCAGGCGAGGAGGUGUGGACGAGUGAGAGGGAGAGGAUAGGGGAACUUCACUCAGACUUCUUCCCCAUGUGCAAUUUCAGCUUUCAUGACUACAUGGUGGCUCUUUAUCGACAACCUGAUGCUCCUGGUGGGGAAGCAAUGUUUGGCACAAGCACAAUGGGCGAAACUAUGGUAGUGCCUUCUGAUGGUUGGCGCGCAGACCCUGGCGGAGGAGCCAUGGUGCGGUGCCAGAUAUCUGGGGAGUUGUUCCCGGUAGCUGAUAUGAGGGCUGCUCCCAUCGUUCCCGAUUUUGUUCAUACCAGUGCCUUCGGCCCGUUGCUUUUCGGGAGUGAUGCUGAAUCACUGCGAGGAUCCGGCAACUUCCUUUCCCUCCACAGAGAAAUCGAGAAGUGGUUCGGGACGUACAAGCUUGUGAUCCUCCCAAAUGAUCCGGAAGAAACACCCAUCAGGCGCUGGAAAACAGCGGUCAUCUCCUCCCAGCUGAAUAGUGAGCGCUUUGCGGGUCGGGAAACGCUGGUUUCAGCGUUCGAUUCACAGGAGCUGGUUUUCAAUGACGAGGAGCGUCCGGUUGCAAAAUUUGCCUAUUUCCACUUUGUGAUGGCUCUCGUCCGCAUCAAGAUGCUCAACUACGAGGGAUGGCGGGAUGUAUGGGCCGAGUACUGGAUCAACCCCCCCUUUCCCCAAGGGAGUUUGUACAUGCGGGAAUGCAUGCUGUUUGCUUUAUUUACGUAUUUCAGCUUUUCCGGCGCUGAUCUGGCCAUUAUCGACUCAUGGAUCGGGGGUAACGGGUUUUACGAGGACGAAAUUCUACGUGGCCGUGAAAAGGACGAGUUGGCCCGCCGAAUUCUGGUUGGAGUAGAGGAGGCUGUGGUGAAAACAGAGGACGAAGCAGAAAGACUCGCCGCUCCGGACGAUUCGGAAACGGAAUCUGAAAGCUCUGAAGACUCUGAUAGCUCCGGAGACUCUGAAGAUGACUCAGAAGCGGAUAGCUCUGAAGGCGAUUCAGAAUCUGAAGAUGAUUCGGAAUCUGAUAGUUCUGAAGACGAUUCAGAAAUGGAUAUCCCUGAAGGCGGUUCGGAAACAGAUAACCCUGAAGGCGGUUCAGAAACGGAUGACUCAGAAGAUCAUUCAGGGACGGAAUCCGACAGUACAGAGGAUUACAUGGUGGAGCAUUGA